GAGUUCGGAUCAAAUUUUGGUAUCACAGUGGGUGUUGGUGUCAUAGAGGAUGCUGAUAUCACAGCGGUAACCGAGAGAGCAGCAAUGGGGGCUAGGACACGCCCGUGGGGCUCAGAGCGCAAGGCAGGGAGUCCUCUAUCUCCCUGUAAUGGGCGACUGGAAGACAUACAUCAGCGCGGUACUGCGGGACCAGCGCAUAGAUGACGUGGCGGUGGUGGGGCAUUCGGACAACCGCUGCGUGUGGGCCUCGAAGCCUGGAGGUCUGCUGGCUGCUAUCUCCCCACAGGAGGUGGGCAUACUGACAGGCCCUGACCGCCGCAGCUUUCUGCAGUCUGGGAUCACCUUGGCAGGUCGACGCUGCUGUGUCAUCCGCGACCACCUCCUAGAAGACGGCGAUGGUGUUCUGGACGCCCGGACCAAAGGGCUGGAUGGUCGCUCUGUGUGCGUGGGACUCACGCCAAAGGCCCUGAUCGUGCUCAUGGGCCGACGGGGCGUGCACGGGGGCACACUCAACAAAACUACUCACCAUCUUAUCAGGGGCCUGCGGUUCCAGGGUAUCUAGGAUGCCAGGAGCCAGCGACGAGAGGCAGGGAA